AUGGGAACACCCGCCCCAUUGGAUUCUCUCUUCACCGGCGCCUUCCAAGAUUAUGGUGAAAAAGAAAAUUCUGAUCUUGCUGAUAAAUACAACGUGCAUAAAGAUGAUUUUCCUGUCCUCAAGCUAUUUAUUGAAGAAAAAUCUGAGCCUUUUACCUUUACUGGGAAUUUCAAGGCAGAUGAAAUUAAAAAUUUCAUUAAAAAACAUUCAAGUGUACGCCUAGUUUUAGACAAAUGCUUGCCUCAAUUUGAUGAAUUAGCUGAAAAGUUUAUGGCAUCAGAUGAUAAAACUGAAUGGAAAAAUAUUUUAGAACAAUCCAAAAGACUAGCUGAAGAUUUAUCCGAUGAAACUGAAAAGAAAUCUGCUGAUGUUUAUGUUAAAAUGAUGCAAAAAAUUAUUGAGCGUGGUAUUGGUUUCAUCGCAAGUGAAAGAGAACGUGUAAAGAACAUUAAGGAAGGUAAAAUAACUUCAACAAAAAAGAACGAAAUGCAAGGUCGUUUAAACAUUUUGCAUUCAUUUAGACUGAAGGAAGAACUCUAAAGAGAAGGAAAUUAGAUUUUUAAAUUUCAUUAAUUUAUUAUUUUGUUAAAGUUUAACUUCUGUAUAUAUUGCUUCUGAUAUAUUUAAAGGAGUAUACUUCGUCUUAAAGGAAAUAACACUGCAAUUUUUUCUGUGUUAUGAAAUUCAAAAUUAGUUUUCCUUUGUCCUACAAGCAGUUAUUUGAAGAUGACUGAAAGGCCAUUGUUAGUACCAGCAUUUUUUCCUUAAAAAUAGCAAAUGUUUAGCAAUGUGAAAAGCCAAAUUUGGUUUGAUAUAUACAGUCAGAACUUGGUAUCUCGAACCUCCUUGUCUUAAAACCCCUAAUGUCUCCAGAAAAAAAAAAUCCUUAUUCAUUUUUCACAAAAACUCCUGGGUAUUUUCCAUACUUAUCUCAAAAUUUUAUUUUUCGAAACCAUUGAUAUGUCGAAGUUUCUGUACAGAAGUUUCAAUUGUUGUUUUUCCUUGGCAAUUUUUGUAGUAGAUCCAGUUCCAGAGACAAUUGCUUGUAGUUUUUUAUUCCUUUACUUGAAAAUUUUGAAAAUAAGGAAUUGGGGUGAGAUGAUGAGGGGAGUGCUAUAGUCAUUUUUUAUCUCGGUGUUUCCCCCAGAGUUCAGACUCUUAAUGCUUUUCUUCCGAACAUAUUGCCCUGUAGAUAAGGGGUUAAUUUUUCGUCAGUUUUCAAGCAAAAACUGAAAAUGCAUUCCUCAUCAUUCUGUGUUUUUUACCUCCUACAAAAUGACUGCCGAAAAGUUUUUUAAUGCGCUAUUGGUUUAGGGAAAAAUUAGAUUUUUUAAUUUUGUUGAUGGAAAAAGAAAUUUGAAAUAGCUGUUCAUUUCAAAAUCCCAUCCAGUACUUUCCACAAUAAUAAAAAAACCAUCUGGUUAGUGAAAAAAAACUAUGAUGAAAGAGCUCAUAUAUUGCUCCAAAUCUCCUCGGUAUAGGGAGAAAAAUUCAUCGGAUUUCAAUGAUUGGGUUCAACUAUUGCCGAUGAGACAUAUUGGACCAAUUUCCAAUGAAAACUCAUCGGAAUCCGAUCAUCGGCCGAUCAAAGUUUGAUCGGAUUUCGAUGAAUGGUCGAUGAUCGGCCGAUGAGUUGAUGCUACUCGGGUUAUUAUUAUUAUUUUGCUUAUUUUUGGUGCAUAAACAUUGAUAUUUCACACAUUAGAGAGCUUGCAUGUUUUAUUUUAUUCUUUUAUUUAAAUAAGUAAAAAUUUUCCUUUGGAGGACAAAUGUCAAGGUUUUAGUAUUUGUGAAAGACUUCAAUAAAAUUGCUUACUACAUGAACAUAUAUAGAAGAAAAAACAUUGAAUCGGAGGUAAAAUUGCCUUAAUUUCCUGCUUUAAUUUUGGAGGUGGUAGCAGUUACUGUUAAACAUCCACAUUUAUGUUAUUUGCAGCUAAUGUUUUGCCAUUUUUUUUUUUCAAUCCUCUGCUAUUUAUUCAUCGUUGAAAUUUCCUUUCUGAAAGCAUGGUCAUUCUUGCUAACAAAAAACGCAUGUGAAAUUUAGUAGAUGUGAACUUUUUAUAACUUGU